AUGUCGCGUCCGACGCUCAGUCCUCUCUCUGCAGGGAACAAUGUUCGACUCACCAUUCCUCAUGGGUGGUUUACCACAAUUUCCACCAUCACCCGCAAACCGUACAACCAACUGGCGACUCUGUCAUUUGAGGCCCAGGGCGAGCAAAAGACCUACUUCCUCGCCAACAAAUGGAACCAACCCAACAGUUCGAUGAGAGACAUCGAUAGCACCAACGAUGUAGUUGCCAUCAUCCCUCAAGACGAAGGCUUGAACCUCGACCUCAAGUUCUACUUCUCUAAAGUCUCUAGCGUACGUGAAGACGCUCUCGAGAAUCAGAAAUACGCCAGCAACAAAUUCAAUCCCUUGAUCACCGAGAAACCGCUCAACGCCCCAAAGGACUUUCCGGACUAUACGACCUUUAUUAUCAUGGUCGAGGACGCGCCUGACAACGAACAAGUCGCUGGUAGUCCCCAAUUCGAUGAUCUCGUUUGCACUGUAAAUUGUAUCAAAGGGAUCAAAGGGGAUGACUCUUCUACGCCCGUCGACACAGUACCGUACAACCUUGGUAACAUCCAGGGCGAUAUAUUACCGGCCCUCCCGAAAGCCCUCGAAUAUUUCUACUACUUCCGUAUCAAGGAUCUUCCCCACUUCCGCAAGGUUUUCAAGGAAUUCAUCCUCUCGAAGAUCAAUACAGCGGACGAGCUUGUCAAUCGACCCCCGCCGCGCGUCAACCCGUCCGAUCCUAAAUCCUUUGAGUAUCCGUUCCUGGGCAUCAACGUCGGCUUUUCUCAUCUCGGAAUGAAGCUCUUCGGUCUCGACGACGAUCUGGGCGACGAAGCAUACGUCAGGGGACAGCAGCAAGAUUCCAAGUUCCUCGGCGACGCCGGUACCCAACGCGGAACGUUCUGGACGCCUGACUGGGACGGCGCGUUCAAGGAGGUCGUUCACGGGAUUUUCCUCAUCGUCGCGUACAAUGAGAAGGUUGCGACGACUUUCAUCGAAGAGCUCGACAGCAAAUUGCACAUCACUCCUAAUCGCUCCUGCAUCCAUAAAGUGUACAUGCUGCAUGGCUUUCCGCGUGCUGCGCCGGAGGCGUUGAACGACCACUUCGGUUACCGCGGAGGCAUGUCGAACCCUCAAGUCGCCGGGGUGACUUUCAAGGACAAGAUGCGUUACCCUGGGUCGCCCCUUAUCCCUGGUGGUGUCAUAGUGAUGGGAUACGACGGUGACGCGGACAAGGAUAAGCGGCCUUCGUGGGCGAAGGAUGGUUCUUUCAUGGUCACUCGCAAACUCGACAACCUGGUGCCGGAGUUCGACGACUUCCUUCUCCUGCACGGCCCUCGUAUAUUCCCAAAUAUUCCGCCCAAGGACGCUGCACUCAAGCUCGGUGCAAGGCUGUUCGGUCGAUGGAAGAACGGAACGCCUGUCGAGCUCUCUCCUGACAACGAUGAUCCUUCAAUCGCCGGUGACGACAACAGGAUCAACAAUUUCGUCUUUGACCAGUCGAAGCAGCAGGCCCGCUGCCCCUUCGCUUCCCACAUGAGAAAGUCUAACCCCCGUAACGAUGUUACUCCUGUCGAAUCGGCGUUCAAGCAUUUUAUUCGACGGCACAACAUGCCUUACGGUCCUGAAGUGACCGAUGAGGAACGCGAUGGACGAGGAACGAUCUAUGAACGGGGUCUGCACGUUGUUUGCUAUCAGAGCAGCAUUACCAGAGGCUUCAAGUUCAUUCAAGAAGGCUGGUACAAUGAUCCUGACUUCCCUCCCAACAAGCCUGUGCGGCCGGGUCUUGAUCCCAUCUUCGGUCAGACUGGAAAGGAAGACCAAUCCGUCUAUCGCACUAUGACCGGCGCCAAUCCCAACUACGAGCAAGAGCUGAUGACUUUCCCUCACAAAUUCAUCGACCCUCGUGGCGGUGAAUAUUUCUUUGCGCCUUCCAUUUCCACCUUGACAAACUAUAUCGCGGCCAAGUGA